AUGGUUGUAUUUAUAGGCUAUGUUAAGGACUUUAAGGAGGGAAAGGAGAAUGUUGGAAAAGACAAUGAGAACAUUCUAAAAUUUUUAAAGUCAAAGAAUGUUGAUGCAAAAGUAGGUUCGAGCUAUGAUUUUUCAAAGAAGAUGUCGAGGAGCACCUGGAGACUUCUCAUCUACAACAAGAUCAAUAAUUUUAUAUGGAGGAGCUGGCAUGGAUUUGUUGCAACAAAUGUGAAACUGAAAGCCAAAGGCGGUGGAGAAGACGGAGGGAGUUUCAAGGACUGGUGUGGAGAGGAAUGCUGUGUAGAUACUUUCACUAACCUCAAAGAUAGAAUAUGGCUUUCAACUUCUCCACUUUGGUGGUUAUGGAAGACAAAAAAUUCUUGGGUAUUUGAAAAUACUUGGAUAAAGGAUGAAAGUGUGGUUGAUAUUGCCAGAUGUGAAUGGUUAGCAUUUCUCAAGGUGAAGGCAGAUGAUGAGGUUAGGGAAGUUGUGGCUGAUGUUAUCAGGACUAAAGUGGAUAGUAUCAGGGAGGUUGAUGGGGAAACUAUUAAGUUGUUUGUGAGGGCAACAACUAAGAAGGAGGGCUUGCUAAACUGUGAGUUUGCUGCAAUGUUGAAUUCUGAAUUGGUAAUAGACAAUGUUGUAUCUAGGGAUUUCCUUAGAGAUUCAGUGGAGGCUUGGUUGGUAAAAUGCAAUGGGACAGAAUGGACUUGGCAUGGUUGCAAGAGCGUGGUGAAGAUGCUGAAUAAGGGGCUGCAAGAUGGGAUUGCUGGGGAUGUUUAUGGCAAUGAUUUUAGGAUUAAUUUACAGUAUGUCGAUAUUAAUCGAAAGGCCAAAAAAGGCCGUGAAGAAGGAACAUGGAUAAAGGGAUUCUUUUGUCUUAAUGAUCUCAAAUUUCCACACGCCUACAGUUCAUAUGAUACUGAAAGAUGCCGGUAUUUGGAAAUCAAUCUCAGUAUCGCUUAUGACUAA